CUCUCUUGUUUGCUGCGGUCGUCUCCUCUAGUCAGUAAUUCAUUCCCAAAUUUUGCACUGCCCCAUGGCUGUUCCGUCGUGGGACAUGGAUGAAAAUGACAUGGGCGCUGCAUCAGCGAGCAGCGCCCAGAACGCGCAAUAUUAUGCUUACAUCGGGCCACCAGCCGGUCAGGGAACACAAGCUCCGCCAGCCGAUAGCUCAAAUCAGCCAAUCAUCGACGCUGGGCACGCAUCGUACAUGAAUCCACUGCAGCAAUAUAUGCCACAAACAGCUGUCGCUGGGCCACAACACUCGGCACAUAAUCCUCCUAUCCGUCUACCAACAGUACAGCAGCUUUCACAAGUACUUGCAGCAGCCCUGACAACUCAUUGUGGUAAUGAUCCUCUACAAUCCUCAUCAAACCUUGAUGUUCUCGCGGCACAACUAGCCAUUCAACUCCACCUGAUGUUCGAAAACCAACAAACGUCGCACGAGCCACCUGCGCCUUCCACAGUCCACUAUGGUUAUUCCGAUGCCGAUACCGACGCCAGUUGGAACGCAGGAUUGGAGUCGGGAAAAUCAGGAGAGUACUUUGAUGCACUGAACGAAGGUAUACAGCGUAUCAAGGGAGAAUCUGGGGGCCAUGUGCUCUCGACGCCAUUGGCCUAUGAAGAUCGGAGGCUAGUGCAUUACCUGGCUCGGCAGAGCAACUGCAGCCACGCAACCAUCGGAGAUGGCAAGUUGCGUCGCGUCCUCAUCUGGGCAGAUGCAAUAGUACCGACCUUUACAGGAAACAACCGAAGACGGGCAAGUUCAUGGAGUCGUCGUGGUACAGUCGGCCACUAUGUCGUUCCGAAUGGGAUCAUCAUCCAGCACCUUCCUCAUGACGUCACACACCACGAGGUCACAGACGCCUUCCGAGUGCUCGGGCUGCCGAUUCCGAAGCGCUUACAACUUGCCGACAAUGUAUCGUCUCAUCACGCCGAGGCCGAAUUCGACAAUGCCGACGAAGUCGCAGAUGUUGUAGCCAAAUUGCAAGGAAAAACGUUACGGGAAGGCGACACAUUACCUUUACGAUUCCAGUAUCAACGCAAACCCGUCGAGCAGAGAACAAAUGUCGAGCAACAUGGGCUCGAUCUGCUUGGCGGAAACUCCAUCGACGUCCCCGUCACUGGACUGGCGAGCUGGUCUCAAGACCCCGUUAUCUACACAGCCACCAUGCCACAUAGCUUCAAUACAGAGGCUGGAGUAAGCGCAAAUGGCAAUGCGAAUUUGCCAGGCGUUAUUGGCGCAACCAACAUGGUCCCCACUCUGCAAUCACCUGUGUUCAACUUCAAUGCCACACUCCAGACACCCCGGACACCAUUUCCAUCCUUCUCUCAGUCCCCGCAAGCAUUAUACGAUCAAAGAAGCAAUAAUCGUCCUCUCAACACCGCCAGGCACCUCAGCGUGCCCUCCGUCUUGAGCAAACGGCCCAGCUCCGGAGCCUCCAGCGACGAAGGCGGCCACAGCGAAUACCUCUCCGCAACAGAGGGAAGCGCAGCCAGCGGAUCUGGAUCUUCGCGACGCAGACGCAACCCGCGCAUCGUGAAUGGCUAUCCAUGCGGUAAAGAACUCUGCGAGCAGUCAUUCGAUACGCAAGGAGAAUGCACGAAGCAUCGUCGCAACCAUCUUCCUAUUGAUCAGCGCCCAUUCCCAUGUGUCUACUGCUCCCUCGCUUUCCUCGACAGUCGCGACCUCCGUCGUCAUCUCAAGGCAGGCCAUAAACUUGACACUGCGACCGCCGUGCGAGUCGCUCUGAACGCUAAACCACGUGUGCAACCACCGCCAGAUUGGGAUCAGCCCGACUCUGCAGGACCGACACUGCGGGUCCCCGAUGACCGGAUCAGCAAUAAUGGUGCCUCGAGUCCAUACACUCAAGGAUCAUAUACACCUUAUAAUCGCUCUCAGGAGCAGAGUCCGACCGGCGUCGUCAAUCACGCAGACUAUCCGGGCAUGAUUCCGGAUUCUGAUGCUUUUUCUUUGGAGAUUUAGAAGUACGUAAUGAAAUUGAUGGUAAUGAAAUAAUGAAUGAUUCCGCUUCCAUU